GUGGGAUGACCGGCUCCUCGCUCCCUCUUUCUCUGUGUGAACACCGGCUCGGUGGCUGCUGCUGGUUUAACUGCUGAGAGGCGAUGGACACCGCGGCAGCUCAGCAGCGUCUCUCACUCGUCCUGCCCGCCGACAUCUGUGCGAGUGCGAUCGCCGGCGCCCUGAGCCGCCUGCUGCCGUUCCGGUAGAGAGCAGCUGGCCACCGGGGAAUGAGUGAGUGAGCAGAGCCCGGGCUCCCUCCCGCCAUGUCCCUGCAUUUCCUCACAUUGUCCCUGGAGCUGUCAGUCACCGCAGCCGAGCAGCCGCCUGGAGUCCGCUCAACUCACCUCAGCGCCGCCUGCAUCCCUCACUCCUGUGGCACCGGCAGCAGCUCCAUUGCGGUUUGAAUGCAUUCAUUCUGGGAGUGAGACUCCGUGACCGCGGACCACACUCACCAUGGCUUCAAACCCACUCCUGGAAGGUAGCGUCCUGGCCAGGCAGCCGUCAGCGGCCGACGACCAUUUCAAAUGCAAAAGUUUACCCACUUUAAAUGGCUCAUGUUUGUUGUGGCCGGGAGCCCGGGAAUCGGAGGCGGCCCCGACCAAGAGCAGCUCGAUCGCAGCAUUUUCCUCCUCCGCGUCCGGCAGCAGCGGGAAGCCGGUAGCCAGCAGCUGGAAGCGGGCUUCAGCUGGCAGCUCCCUGCCCUCCCCGCCCCCCCAGCCUCCCUGUGCGGCUCUGGGGAGCCGCUGCCCCGGGCUGAUGUUCGGCGACUCCAGGUGUUUCCUCCUGUGCAUGUGCUGCCUGACUUUCAUCCAGUCCCUCAUGGUCUCCGGCUACCUCAGCAGCGUUAUCACCACCAUGGAGAGGAGAUACAACCUGAAAAGCUCCGAGUCCGGGCUCCUUGUCAGCUGCUUCGAUAUCGGCAGUUUGCUGGUGGUGGUUUUUAUCAGUUACUUUGGGGGUCGGGGGCACAGACCACGCUGGUUGGCUGUGGGUGGUUUAUUCAUCGCAAUCGGAGCGGCUCUCUUCACCCUGCCUCAUUUCAUCUCCCCACCGUAUCAGAUCCAGGAGUUGAACACGUCCGCCUCCAACGAGGGGCUGUGCAGCGGCCUCAAUGGCACCGAGGGCAAAGACUCGGAUUCGGGCUGUGUCAGCAAGGACUCUUCCAGCCAUUACCACUCGCUGUAUGUGGCUCUUUUUGUCUGUGCUCAGUUCCUCAUAGGCGUGGGCUCGACCCCCAUUUACACUCUGGGGCCCACCUACCUGGACGAUAAUGUGAAAACAGAGAACGCAUCUCUAUACUUGGCCAUCAUGUAUGUAAUGGGAGCAUUAGGCCCUGCAGCAGGAUAUCUUCUUGGGGGAGUAUUGAUUGGCUUCUACGUAGAUCCCAGGACCAUUGUUCAGAUUGACCAGAGUGACCCACGUUUUAUUGGAAAUUGGUGGAGUGGAUUUUUGCUUUGUGCAAUUGCCAUGGCCUUAGUUAUAGUUCCAAUGUUCACUUUCCCCCACAAACUACCACCUCGACAGAGGAAGAAAAAGAAAAUGGGCUCGGGUGAUUCAAAUAAUGAUGAUGAGAUGAUGAAAGAAAAGCCUGACAGCAGAGAACAUAGAAAGAGUGCUGUCACUUCCUCUAUGGGUUUUGGAAAGGACAUUAAAGACAUUCCCAAAGCUGCUGUCAGGAUCUUGAGCAACAUGACAUUCCUAUUUGUGAGUUUGUCAUACACAGCAGAAAGUGCCAUCGUCACCGCUUUUAUUACCUUCAUUCCCAAGUUCAUUGAAUCUCAGUUUGGCAUCCCAGCAUCUAAUGCAAGCAUUUACACUGGUGUGAUCAUUGUUCCCAGUGCUGGUGUUGGCAUUAUCCUAGGGGGCUACAUUAUUAAAAAGCUCAAGCUUGGUGCACGGGAAUCGGCUAAGCUUGCUAUGAUCUGCAGUGGGGUUUCUUUGUUGUGCUUCUCUACACUCUUCAUUGUUGGCUGUGAAACCAUUAACCUUGGGGGCAUUAAUAUACCAUAUACCACAGGCCCUUCGCUUACAAUGGCGCACAGAAAUCUAACAGGUGGCUGCAAUGUUAACUGUGCGUGCAGAAUCCAUGAGUAUGAGCCUGUCUGUGGAUCAGAUGGGAUCACGUACUUCAGCCCUUGCUUGGCUGGCUGUUCAAACGUUGUCAAUGAAAGCACAGGGAUCAGGAACUACACUGACUGCACCUGUGUUCAAAGCCGGCAGGUGAUAACCCCGCCUACAGUUGGACAGAGAAAUCAGCUCCGAUUGGUUAUUGUGAAAACGUAUUUGAAUGAGAAUGGCUAUGCAGUGUCUGGCAAGUGUGAGCGGACGUGCAAUACGCUGAUCCCUUUUCUGAUAUUCCUGUUCAUCGUCACAUUGAUAACAGCUUGUGCACAGCCAUCGGUAAUCAUAGUAACACUCAGGUCUGUAGAAGAUCAGGAGAGACCUUUUGCGCUGGGCAUGCAAUUUGUUCUCUUACGAACCCUUGCUUACAUUCCGACUCCAAUCUACUUCGGGGCUGUGAUUGACACAACCUGCAUGCUUUGGCAACAGGAAUGUGGUGUAAUUGGCUCCUGCUGGGAAUAUGAUGUCACAUCAUUCAGAUUUGUCUACUUUGGACUGGCAGCAGGCCUCAAGUUUGUCGGUUUUAUUUUUAUCUUCGUAGCCUGGUACUCAAUUAAACAUAAAGAAGACCACUUGCAGAGGUGGAGACGUAGAGCCUCACCCAUAAGCACUGUCAGUGAGCUGAUCAGUAACCCAGGGACCCAGCACAACUAUGCACAGACUCAAUCAUGUCCUACCUUUCAAACAAGGGCUGAAGACAGUGAAUAUGUAACGCAGUCCGGACCAGUCCAGCAUGUAGCGCAGACAUUAACUGGGACACUCCAGGAGGCAGUAAAAUUCAUAGCUAAGAAUACACUGGACGAGAUGGCAGUUGAUCUUUAGGUGAAUUCAUGUAUAUGCCGCCUUAGGCAUUUAGUUGUCAAACAUAAAUACUGAUGGCUGAUUUGAAGUUUAGUUCUUUGACAAGCGCCCUUUGGGAAGUUUCUCCAGGUAAACCACAGAACCUGUGC